UUCAGGCCGAACCGCGCAUCUCCCUCUUCCCCAAAGUCACGUGAUUUCGGGGAAAGGGCUCGAGCUCCUCUCUGGUGUGAAGCGCGAGGAGCCGAGCGCACUGCUGCAGCGCGCGCGGACCAGGAAACCAGCGCGAGCCACUACAGACAGAGGGGAGGUCGGAUUGAUCGGUGUUGUUUUGGUUUUGGAGCCGGAGCGGAGUCAUGGUCGUGGGAAAGAUGCGGUCCACUCGGAAACUGCGCGCAUGGAUGGUGGAGCAGGUGAACAGCGGGAAAUAUCCGGGCGUGGUUUGGGACGACGAGGAGAAGACCAUGUUCAGAAUUCCCUGGAAACACGCCGGAAAACAGGACUUCCGGAAAGACGAGGACGCCGCCAUCUUUAAGGCGUGGGCGGAGUUUAAAGGCAAACUGACGGACGAGGAGCUGAAUAAUCCGGCGUCGUGGAAAACCCGUCUGCGCUGCGCCUUAAACAAAAGCCCAGAGUUCUGCGAGGUGAAUGAUCGCGCUCAGCUGGACAUAUCCGAACCGUACAAGGUCUACAGACUGGUGCCCGUCACCGAGCAGAGUUUGUCGUCUCCUGAAAAGAAGAUUCACGAGAGGAGCGGACGAAAACAGAAACGAAGGAGCUCAAACCAAAGUGGACCUGAACUUAAACACAUCAAAACGGAAGAGCACAGUCCAGAGACCAGCCUCCAGUUUACCGAAGUGUUUUUACCGAGUGAGAUUCCAGUUCAGAGCGAAGAGACGGUGACGAACCACAUCCCCCGACCCUCCGAAGAGGUGGACGAGAUCACUCUGGACGUCCGGAUUGAGGAGAGUGUCCCAUCGGCUCAAACAGGCGCAGACUCUUUCCGUGUGGUGGUGCAGUAUCUGGGGCAGGAAGUCGCCCGGCAGCAGGUCUGUAGUUCGGACGUUCGGAUCCAGUACCUGCGCUCCACGCUCUGCCCUCCCUCCGCCGUCCCGCAGGGGGCGCAGUUUCCCCGCGUGCCGCUGCCCGAGCCGGGGCCGAGCCUGGGCCAGGGCGAGGAGCUGGCGGCGCUGCACACGCUCCUGCCGUUCAUGGAGAAGGGAAUCCUGCUCACGUCCACCAAGAGAGGAGUGUACGGGAAGAGGUUCUGCCAGGGCCGGGUGUUCUGGACCGGACCGCACUCCGACGCCGGGCUGCACAAGAUGGAACGAAACACAGAACCCGUCCUGCUCUUCUGCAAAGACACGUUCAAACAACAGCUGGAGCUUUUCUGUUCAAACGGAGGAGAUCGGCCUCAGUGCAGCUUCACUCUGUGUUUUGGAGAAGAACUGAGCGAGACCGAAGAUACGACCAAGAAACUCAUCAUAGUACAGAUCUCGCUGCCGUGGGCCGAGCAGCAGGUGGAAAACUUCGAGUCCAUCGUUCGAUCCAUAAACUUCCUCCAGACUCUGGCCGACCAGAGCCCCAUGAGAGAGAUCACCCUGGACCUGCAGCCCGUGGACUAGACCAGGACUGGAACCAGGACUAGACCAGGACUUAGACCAGGACCUUCCACGACCACACUAAACCUGGGACCACAGACUGAGGAGCGGGACGUCAGAGGUGGUUCAGAAUUAGCACAGAUCUUAGGCCAGCUCUUUCAAGAUGCACCCAGACCCGGUUUGGUCUGGGGUUAGUCCUGACACAGACCCGGUUUGGUCUGGGGUUAGUCCUGACACAGACCCGGUUUGGUCUGGGGUUAGUCCUGAUCCAGACCCGGUUUGGUCUGGGGUUAGUCCUGAUCCAGACCUAGUUUGGUCUGGGGUUAGUCCUGACACAGACCCGGUUUGGUCUGGGGUUAGUCCUGACACAGACCCGGUUUGGUCUGGGGUUAGUCCUGACACAGACCCGGUUUGGUCUGGGGUUAGUCCUGAUCCAGACCCGGUUUGGUCUGGGGUUAGUCCUGAUCCAGACCUGGUUUGGUCUGGGGUUAGUCCUGACACAGACCCGGUUUGGUCUGGGGUUAGUCCUGAUCCAGACCCGGUUUGGUCUGGGGUUAGUCCUGAUCCAGACCCGGUUUGGUCUGGGGUUAGUCCUGAUCCAGACCCGGUUUGGUCUGGGGUUAGUCCUGAUCCAGACCCGGUUUGGUCUGGGGUUAGUCCUGACACAGACCCGGUUUGGUCUGGGGUUAGUCCUGAUCCAGACCCGGUUUGGUCUGGGGUUAGUCCUGAUCCAGACCUGCUUUGGUCCUGUUCUGGUCUCAGUUUAGUCACAAACAUAAAGGUGCUCUAUGUAACUUUUCUGGUGCUGCUUGUUUCCAUGGAGAUUUAUUGUUUUGCCUGGAAAGUUCCACAGUACGACAAAGUUACAGGUCAGAUCUGUGGAGUGGCAAUCCUCCUCACUGAUUGCUCGAUUUGUUUUUAAUCAUCAAUAAUCAUGUGCACAUACACACGUUUAUGUUUCUCCAACAGAAGCGUGAAGAAGAAAAACAAAUUAAAUCAUGCAGGGUGUUUAAUGCCACACUGUGGAAUAUUCCAGACAAAGUCAUAAUGUCUCCAUGGAGACGAGUAACAGACCUCCAUUGUAAAAAUGACUUAGUGAAAUAUAAAUAUACCAAGUUUACAUGAACAGAGAUCAGAACAGAGACCAGACUGAAGCAGGACGUCGCACUGGGGGAGUUCUGCAUGUACGUCUAUGGUGCAUCAUUUGCCCCAAUGUCAGAAAUUCUACUUGGACUCAGUUUUAAAAUGUAACAAAACCAAUUAAAAGAAAAUCUGUGGCAUAUUUGCUCUGAGUAAAAUCUACUGGGUCCACUGAGCCUCUUGUGUUCCGUCCUAACAGCGCCAUAAAGCUCAGUUUUUAAAAUCAGUUUUUAAAAUAACUUUAAAAAUAAUCCAUUUAUUGCCAUGUGUCCAUGAAAGUUGAAUACUGUAUAGAUAAACAUUUUAUAUCUCUAUCUUCAUAACUUUCUUAAGAUUUCUAAGAUGUCAAUUUUGCCAAGAUUUUGAGUGUUUUUUCGUAAUCAUCCAAAAUCCACAAAGACCAAAGAUGAAAUGAGAGAAUAAAGUUUGUUCUUUCUGUCGUGAUCAUAAACUGUAUAAAAAAGUGGAGUAAGUGAGGGACGUCACCAAGUUUAUAGAAAGAAUAAGGAUUAGAGAUGUAACAAUAACUGAAAUAUCAUGAUAUCGUAUCGUCAAAGUUCUCACAAUAAUAUCCUGGACCAUCACAAUAUAUCGAAUCACAAGUCUCUUUGUUUAAAUGAAGAGUUAAAAACCAGGGGGAACUACAUAGACCAUGAUCCUUUGCUCCAUUUCAGCACAAACGCCAAGAAGAAAUAACAGUUCUAACACUUUUAACUCUUAGUUCUUUGGAUUAAGUCUUGUCAAGAGGAAAAAGUAGAGUAUUCACAGUUUUAGAUGUGUAACCUCCACAAAAGACAGAACAGCGCCCUCUGGUGGAGACGUGGGGCGAGAGAAAGAAACUGUUUACUCAUUACUCAAACAGUAAAGUUGACACAAUCUUGAUACUACGGAAUAGACUCGAUACUCAAUACCGAUUCUGAUACCACAAUAAUAAAAAAUAAAAAAAAACACUCUUUCUUUAGACAAUAGAAUGUGAUAUUCAAUACUUUCCUGUAUUUUACUUCUGUGUCCUUCGGUGGUCCACGGGUCUUAAACUUACUCAAAAUCAUUCUAAAACUUCAGGAAAAAGGCUCAUUUCUGUCCUGUUAACGGGACUUUUUUUAGUAUUUUUUUUAGUUUCGAUACUAGUUUUAGUGUCACAAUAAAUUUUGUAUUGUGAGAUGUUUAUCAUGAAAAUGAGAGAUUUGGAUAUUGUUACAUCACUAAUCAUGAGCAUCUUCAUCAUAUCGUGAGCUUUCCCACGAUAUCGCAAUAAAUACUGUAUCGUGAGGUUCAUAUCGUGACAGUAUCGUAUCGUAUCGAGACAUGUGGAUAUCGUUACACUCGUAAUAAUCAUGUUAUUAAAGAAAAACAGCUCAGAUUUAAAGCUUCCGCAGACUUCAGAGGCUUGUGGAUCCAGUAAACAUCAAGAGAAUUUCAUGAAAUUUCUCGAGGAAGUUUACUUUAGCAAGAGCAAAAAAAUGAUACUAGGUACAUAUUUAUUUUCAAAAAUGUUUUCAAAAAGUUGGGCAAAUGAUGCAGCCCUAACGUCUAUGUCAGAAUGUUCAGCAGCGGAGACACGAGCCAAACACUGAUGAGGAAAGUUUUACGAUGGAGCUCACCUGUUGUACUUCCAUCUCAGUGAGCCAACGUCUGAGAUUGAGUAGCAGGUUUCCAGACAGAGCAGUGCCUCCGUUUAGCGCCGCCCCCAGUGAGCGUUGACGACAUCGGCUGGAAAGUGUCGUCGUCGGUGAUGAUUCUGAACCACGUGGCCCCAAACUCCAAACUGAAGACCCACUAAAGCGCUUGUAGUUCAUGUUUGAUUAAAAAAAAAAAACAACAACCCUGAAUGCACUUUUUAACCUUAUAUAUAUGUGUCGUUAUUGUUGUCGUUGUCAUAGAAACAGAGUACUAUGUUUGUGACAGGAAGCACUACAUAAACCUGUGUAUUUAAAUGUUACAUAUUAUAACUUUAAAUAUAAAUCUUGGUACAAGUGUU